AUGAUUCAUGGCUACGGGAGGAGCUUCACCCAAUCGAUAUGGAAAGGACUCAAGAAGACGACAAUAUAUGAAAGGAAAUGCCAAACAUGCAGUGACGUGAUCAAAGGAAAGACACAUGUGCUUUUUCUCCAUAUGGGUCAGCCCAGAACAGAAUACUACGCAAAGGGUUUUCUGCGGAAGUCAGCCAAUGCUUACUACCAAAUCCCGAAGAAACUCGAGAGAUACAUUCCAAUGGCUUUUCUCGUGGAUGGAAGGGUCAAGGAUGCGAUAGCGAAAUAUGGUGAAGCCGGUUGCAUUGAAGAGCCCCUCACUACAUUCACGAAUCGAGUUCAAGAAAGUUUGAACACGAUAAUGCCAGAGUUUGGGAGUAUUUCUUGCUCAAGUGCCUUCCUUUUUGACGACCCUUCAAUCGAUCAGGAACUUGUGAAUCUUGGGAAGAAUAGCUACAACCACAUCGUAGUGUUCCCGCUGUAUCCACACUUCUCAUGUGCACGAUCUGGAUUUCUGCUGAACGAAGUCGAACGAGUAUUGCAAACGUUCACCGUCCCGGCCACCGUAGACGACCGUGAAGUGCCAUGCGAGCGAAUCGUGCCAAAAUCAAGCAGCUCUUUCCAUGUGUCUGCUUUGCACCGGUGGGGGAAUCAUCCCAUUGUGAGCGAAUAUUGGCUCGACCUCCUUCAGAAGCACCGUGAUGAGAUUGGAGCUGUUGUGUUCUGCGCGCCAUCCAUAACGAAACGACUCACUGCUCAUUCAUCAGGAAAACAAAUAGCGAUAGUUCCUGUAUCUGCGAUACUUCCCGACUUCAACACAUUUUCUGUUUUACCCAAUAUCACUGAAUCUUUGGUAAGCAUUUCAUUCUAA